AUAAACCUUUCCCACCCUUAUAAUUACCCCCUCUAUUUAUACUCACCCCUACCACUCCACCGCUCUGUACUUCAACGCUUUCUCUCUCUAUAGCGAUCAUGGAUCGGCGCACCGCCCUCGCCGUCACGCUCCUCUGCCUCGUCCUCGCCCCCUCUGGCGCCCAGGCCCCCGCGGGCGCCCCUACCACCACACCCGCCGCCUCCUCUCCCACCAUUUCGGCCGCCGCCCCCACUUCCCCGCCCACCACCCACGCCCCCGCCGCCGCCCCCACCACCAAGCCCAGCAUUCCUGCCCCCUCCACCGCCCCCACCAUCCCCGCCCCCUCCACCGCGCCCACCUCCUCCCCUCCUGCCGCCCCGGUGACCACCCCUCCCGCUAAGGCGCCGGCCACCGUGCCCCCUCCGACUUCGGCCCCGGUCUCUUCUCCCCCGGCGAUGGUGCCCGUGAGCUCUCCCCCGACGACGCUUCCACCCACAUUGUCUCCCCCCGCACCGGUCCCGGUCGCCGCCACUCCGACGCCGGCUGCUGCUCCACCGAAGCCCGCCGAGGUGCCUGCGCCGGCUCCGAGUAAGAGCAAGAAGAAGGGCGCCAGCCAGUCGAAGACGCCCGCCGCCGCUCCCGAGGGCGCCGUCUCCCCCGGACCCAAUAGCGCAGCCUCCGACACUACGAGUGGAGCGGAGAGUGUGAGGAAGAUGAUGGGAGGACUGACCUUGGGGCUGCUGAUCGCCACUGGCAUGUUUGUGAUCUAAAGUCCCGGCUGCGUAUAUAAUAAUGGAAUAGAAAUUCUCGAUAUAGCUGCGCUUUUCUUAUAUAUCUCUCCGUCUUGUAUUUUGGUCCCCUGCUAGGUAUCUAUUUGCCUUUGUUUAUCUCAUUGACGAGAUCUGGUUGUAGGUGCAUACGCUCACUUGUAUUCUUUCUUUUGAGGUGACAUUGCUUUUGGACAUUAUUUUAUUUUUAUUUUCAUGAUUUGGAUUUCUAGUGCUUCAGCUAA